AACAGUAACAAAACUUAAAAUAAAAUGUUAAAAUGAGUUAUUUUACUUUUACUUAAACAUAACUAUAGACUCUAUAGUAUAGAGUACGUUAACUACAUAAAUCUAAAACUAAAACGAAUACAUUUGUUAAUUAAUUUUGCCACAGUCACACCGAAUUGAAUGUUUAAGUAUUAGUCGCUAAACACUUUAGUAAUAGUGAUAAAUAUUUCAUCAAUUACGAUUUAGUGAAUGUUGAGUAAAUAUUUCUAUACCAUAAUAUUUUAGUACGUAUAUAAUAAUCAUAAUUAAAAAUCGAAAGAUAUUAUUCUAUUAGAGAAACCCUAGAAAUACCAUGCUUUUUCAAUUAAGACGUUAGGAAAGAAAAAAAAUGAUGUUCAAAGCACUCUUUAAAGUUCGGCCCAUUUGUGGGCAAUGUCCUCUCAACUCUAUGUUUAACAAAUGUACAUACAAUACCAGUUCAAACAGUGAACAAAAAAAGAGAAUACGAUCUACUGUGUAUUAUCUUUCUUCAGUAGGAGUAUUAACUGUUGGUCUAAGUUACGCGGCUGUGCCACUGUACAAAAUGUUUUGUCAGGCAUUCAGUUAUGGUGGAACACUUAACCAUAACAUAGAAGAUUCUAAAGUAGAAACUAUGACGCCCAAUAGAAACCGAGAGAUCAAAGUUCAUUUUACUGCUGAUACAUCGUCCAGUAUGCAAUGGAGCUUUAAACCUCUUCAGAAUGAAAUCAGAGUAGCACCAGGUGAAACAGCAUUAGCAUUCUAUACAGCUAAAAAUCCAUUAGAUAAGCCAAUUACGGGUAUCAGCACUUACAAUGUUGUACCUUUUGAGGCAGGACAAUAUUUUAAUAAAAUACAAUGUUUUUGUUUUGAAGAACAACAGUUAAAUCCAAAUGAAGAGGUUGAUAUGCCAGUAUUUUUUUUUAUUGAUCCUGAGUAUGCAACUGAUCCGAAAAUGGAGAACAUUGAUGACAUAACGCUGUCCUACACAUUCUUUGAAGCCAAACAAGGCAUGGAUUUAUCAAAUAUUUUCAAACAUUGAUACAGUAUAUAAUUUAUACUUCUGGUAGUAAAUAUUGUUAAUAAAAUUGUGUACAUGCUUUGGUUAUACAUAAUAUGUUGAUAUAAACAAAAUAAAUAUAUAUAUUUUAUAAAAAGUUUUAAAACAA